CAAUUUUGAAACCGCAGAGUAUAAAUUGAAAAUGUUCUCUAUCAAUAUCAUCAUUUCAUUUGUUUUCGUCUAGCAAGAAGCACUCCCCAAAACCAACAACAUGAAAACCUUCGUGGUCCUGUCGUGCCUGGUAGCCGUGGCGCUGUGUGCGCCGCAUUCUGGUCUACGGGAGCUGCCCGCAGUGCGUCAUGAGGAAGUGCACGACGAGUACGGCCAGUACGCGCUCCGGUACAUCACUGCUGAGAACACCGUAGUAUCAGAGCGCGGACGGCUCAUCCCCAGCCCGAACGGUGGCCACGUCCUCGAAAUCGAGGGUCAGUACCAGUUCAUCGGCGACGACGGCCAGCUCUACGUCACCAAGUACCGCGGCGGCCCCGACGGCUUCCACGUCGACGGCGCCCAUCUGCCCGACCCUGUUGCCAUCCCAGCCCUAUAAGACCUAGUCAUAUAAUCUAGCUAGAUGAAUAAAUUAUUCCAAAUUUA